GCGCAAAUGGGAGCAGUCAGCAAGAGAUAACGUGAUUGUCAGUCGUGAAAAUUCACUUGCGACACAUAGAUGUCGUGCGUUUGCGUUCAUUCGUGAAAAUGUUCCCGUGGCUGUUGCAUUAGUGCUCGCGCAACACUGGAUGUGCCCCUUUCUUUGUGAUAAAUUUUGGCGCCAACUUGUGAUAGUGAACAAAGAAUUGCAGUCGUGAUUAGACGGAAGAAUUUCGAGUUCCCUCUACUUCAAAAACGCAAACUAUUACAGGUGAAUCACUAUAUGUUUCGGACAUCCUGCGACCUUGUCAUCUACUGAGAAAUCACCUGAAUAUAGCGUUCGUCAAAUAUGUCGGUUUCAAAAAUUGAACUGGAGUUGCCGUUUGGUUUCCAACCCGACCCAAUUCUAGAAACGGCCACUCCGGAGCAACGCGCUAUCGUUCUGACGACAGGCUGCGUGGCCCUCAAGGCCUUGUUGAAUAAGACGGACUCACUCUCUUACGAGGAAGCGUACGACAAGGCUACUGCCGAACAAGCUGAAAAAUGGUUGGCCGAAAAGUCUGGACUAGAGGAGAAGGCUUUGCGAGAGAAACAGGAUCUUGAGGAUAAGAACGCCGCCGAAGUGAGGCAGCUGAACGAUAAACUGAUCGCUGAACAGAACAAAAUCAAGCGCAAGGAGGAAGAAAUAACCGGAGUCAGAACAUCGCUCGAAUCAGCUGAAAAAAGGGCAGAAACUUUGCUCAAAUUGCAGGAUAAAACUAUUGCAGAAGAAUGCAGCCGCACCCGCGCACAAAUGGAAUCUGGAAAUUCGCGCGAGAUUGAGAGACUCACCGAGGAACUACAAGAGAAAAAAACAAAAAUCGAAGAGACUGAAAAGGCUCUCAGAGAAGCUCUGAAGAAAGCAGGUGAUAUAGCUUUAGAGGCAGAGAAGGAUAAAAACGCCGCAGUUGAUAAGGUGCGUGAAGAAUCGACAGCGAAAAUUCUGGCUCUGACGAGUCGCCAGUCCAACUCCUCGUUGAAGGGGCAGGACAACGAGAAAAUGUUCGGUGAACUUCUUCACAAGGUUUUCGGUAUCAGCGUAGACUAUGUUAAACAGGAGCAUCGCAUCGAAUCUGGUGACCACAUCAUCGAAUGGGAAGGACUCAAGCUCAUGUUCGAGAACAAGUACUACGAGAAGCAAGUGACGUCUGAUGAAGUGGAGAAAGCAAUCAAGGAUUUCAAGAAGCAUCCCGAGUGUGACGUGCUCAUCUUUGUGAGCGAGAAAAGCAGCAUUGCCAAACACCAGCGACCAGGUCACUUGGAUAUCGACAUCGUCGAUGGGCGGGCCGCUAUUUGGAUCGGCGAAUUCAAUCGCAACGAAGACAAGGUCGUCUACCUGCAGAUGAUUGCGCAAGUUAUCAGACAGCUUGCUAAUUUUCAGAAGCGAGCGAAGGAAAUCGGAGAUGGCGAUGGUGUUGUUGAGGAUUACAAGAGCAAAAUACUUACUAUCCGCCGUUAUUUUGAAAGUACCAACGAAGACUUAAAAAGUCUUGUCAAGGCACAGGGCGCUUAUCAACGUGCACAGAAGUUGGCAUGGGACGCGCUGAAAGAACAAAUAAAUACGUUCAAAGGUAAUUUCGAUCGCCGCCUACAAAGUGCGAUGAAAGAUGAGAACGACGAAAUAGAUUAUUCAUCCACUGUAGAUGAUAGUCAAAUAAAUACUGCUGAAAAGAAAAAACGAAAGGCAGCUGCGCCAAAGGCAACACCCAAAGGAAAGAGAACUUGUGAUGGACAAAUCGACAAAUCGCCAAACAAUACAACAUUUCAAAAUGAUCCUUGACAACAUUCUACACAUGAAAUUGGAAUGGAGCAGGUCUUGAGCGUAUUCGGUGCCGAAGACCAUUUAACAAUAAUCAAGAACCUUUUCAAAAUUUAAUAGUCCUUCAAAUUCUUAUCAAAGACGCUGGCGUGUGCUGCUUAAACCAAAACUGCAAUUAUUUUGCAAAAUUACUAUUCUACCCUGAAUGUAUCAACUUCCCCAAUUUUUCUUAUUUCCCAAUAUUAUUCGAAAUAUUAUUUUAGGACAUUUUACAAAUACAUUCAUUGAG